AUGACGUCAGCUGAGGUAGACUCAGCGGUGGUGGCGAACACAAAAGACACAAUUGAGCCGCAACUACCCGACUCUGGGAACGCAUCUGUCAGUGGAUCACCGGACUGUGUUCGCACAAAUGGUGAAAUAGCCGAAUCGGAUCCGACAGCCCAAUUGAAAGCGGCGGCAGCAGCACAGGAUGCAGUCCUUACUCUCACCAUUCAGCCAACUGUUGGAGAUUCGUUCGAUUUCCAGAUCAGCAGUGGAGAAAUGGUGCAAGAAUUGCAUCAGGUGCUAUUGGAGCGUGAAGCGACCUGUCACAAGACCUGCUUCAGUCUCCAACUUAAUGGCGUCAGUCUUGACAACUUUACAGAAAUCCGUGCCAUACCUGAGUUAGUCGACGGAAGUGUGUUACACGUUGUAGAUGAGCCAUAUACCUUGAGAGAAGCGCGGGUACAUGUUCGCCAUGUGCGUGAUCUAUUACGGUAUCCGGAUCAGGCUGAAGCUGCUUCGGCAGUUGAUAUGAGUUCACUCUCUUUCCUCACUUCUGUCAAUCUUCAAGAAAGAGGUGACAAAGAAAAACCUUUUGACGGACUGCCUCCUGAGUACGUCGUACCUGGAACGAAGGAACGCUCCUUGGCUCCGAUGUUGACAAGUGUCCCCAAAGGAAAACCUGCUAUACGAAAUAUGGGAAUUUCGUCAUUCAACCCUCCUCCUGGAAACAGGAAAGUUAAGGGAGACAUACUAUAUAUCUUCGUAGAUACAGUAGAGAAACGCCGUCUCCAUAUUACUUGUUGCACUAAGGGAUUUUUCGUGAACUCCUCAACUGAUGAAGUUUUUAAUGCUCAACCAAGCAGUCAAAAUAAGAAUGUUUAUCAUACUUUAGUGGAUCUUCUGAACGUUCUCAGCCCAGGAUUCAAAAAGGUAUACCCUACCUUGGUAAAGAAGCGCAGUGAACGGCAUAUGCUUGAUCGACUCCCCACACCGUAUCCUGUUCACUCGUGGUUGUCUCCAGUGCAGGAAGUGGUCGAGGAUUCAAUUCGUGCGGAUGACGCGUCGCAACCUCAUCGUGUUGGAUUUGAGGAUCAUUUACCGGGACAAAUUCGUGACUGGAACGAAGAGCUCCAGACUACUCACGAAAUGGCACGUGGUACUUUGAGCGAGCGAGUCACCAGGGAUAGAAGUGUAUUCAAGAUUCACGGCGACUUUAUUGGAGCUGCUAUCAAGCUGCUAUGGCUGGCGGUCGUUGAUGGAAAUGUGAUGGCAAUCAAUCCAGCAGAUGAGCCCAGGACGCAUAUGUUCAUUUGGAAUAAUAUUUUCUUCAGUCUGGGUUUCGAUGUCAAGGAUCAUUAUAAGGAGCUUGGAGGUGAUGCGGCUGCGUUUGCCGCAACGUCAGCUGAUUUACAAGGUGUUCGCGCUUACGCUGCACUUGACAACUGUAAGCUGUGUACUUUGGGAAUGGCGAUAAUCGAUUAUAGAGGGUACCGUGUUACCGCUCAAAGUAUUAUACCAGGAAUUUUGGACAAAGAGCAGGAGCAGUCAGUGGUGUAUGGCUCCGUGGAUUUUGGUAAAACAGUCGUUUCAUCAGAAAAGUACCAUGAACUGUUAGAGACGUCGGCGAAAGAGCUGAAAUUAUUACCACAUGAAGUCAUAAUUGACGACGACGGAUGUACAGUAAAACUGUAUACCAGUUAUGAGACUAAGGGAAUCAUCGGCAAUGAUGGACGAUACUAUGUGCUUGACCUCUUACGGACAAUGCCACCAGAUGUUCAUUAUUUACAGGAUGCUGAGUCCACAGAUAGCAAAUGUCCCCGAAAUCUCCGGCGCUGUUGGGUGGUGUAG